CCAACACAUGCCUCCGGCCCCCGGCACUCCUCCUAAGCCACAGGUGCAACCCAUGAAGCAGCCCUCCGAACCUCCUUUGCCUAGGCAGAACGCGAAGGUCACCCCGCCCUCGCCACCGAAGAUCAUCAUCGACAGGACUCGUUCGCUCGAGUUCAUGCGUGUUGGGUUGCUCGGCGAGGGUGGGUUCGCUCGUGUAUACGAAAUUCAAGACGGACGCGGACAGAGGUCCGCGUGUAAGGUAGUUACCAAGUCUUCUCUCAAAACGAAGAAAGCCAAGACGAAACUCUACGCAGAAAUCAAGAUUCACAAGUCGCUUGACCACCCGAACAUCGUCCGCUUUCAGGACUGUUUCGAAGAUGAGGAGAACGUCUACAUGACCCUCGAACUCUGCCAUAACGGCUCUCUGAUGGACAUGCUCCGCCGGCGGAAACGCUUUACCGAACCAGAGGCGCGCUUCUUCAUGGUCCAACUUAUCGGCGCGUGUCACUAUAUGCACACGCACCAAGUCAUCCAUCGCGACUUGAAGCUGGGCAACAUUUUCCUCGACCGGAAUAUGAACGUUAAGGUUGGCGACUUCGGUCUUGCCGCUCUCAUCGAGCAGCCGGGCGAGCGUAAGAAGACUAUCUGUGGCACCCCGAACUACAUUGCGCCCGAAGUGUUGUUUGACACUGCGAAUGGUCACAGCUUCGAGGUUGACACCUGGUCCAUUGGUGUCAUCCUCUAUACCCUAGUAGUGGGCCGCCCACCCUUCCAAACCAAGGACGUCAAGGCUAUCUACAAGCGUAUCCGUGACAACGAGUACGAGUUCCCCGCAGAUAGGGCGGUCACCAAACUCGUGCAAGAACUUAUUCAGCAGAUCCUUACACCUGAUCCUCAGCAGCGCCCGACGUUGCACGAGAUUGUCGACCAUCCUUGGUUCACCACCGGUACCAUCCCUGGUUACAUCCCCACGUCCGCACACGACGCGCCGCCGGACUUCCGCCACAUCGCACGGACGACGUCCGAGAACAACCUCGCGCGGCUACGUCGCUACGCGCUGCUCGACGAUGACCAGUCGUCAAGCAUCGCGUUGCCGAGCGCUCCUUCCUCGAACGUCAGCACCAACCCCGCAAAGGCGGCUCGCAGUGCCACCUCGAGCCUCGCGCAGCAAGAGAAGGAGUUCCAGAAGGCCGUCCAGCCCGGGAGCCCGAUCUCCGCGCUUCUCAGCUCCGCCCGGCAGCCGCUCAUCGUCGCGCAGCCUGCGCCUGUGGGCGCGCGUGGGGAGCAGCCGCUCUUGCGCAAGCUGCAGGCCGCGAAGGAUUCCGUCAAGUCGCCUGGACGGCCUGGUCGCAUGGGCCUGCACGGCAUCGCGGAGGAACAGGAAGACGAGUACGGCGCGCGUGUAGAGGAGCUGCGGAAGAAGGAGCUCGAGAGCCAGAAGGCGCGGAUCGUCGCGCAGAUGGUGCCCGGGCCGGGCAGCGCGCCCGGCUCCAUCUUCGGCGGGGACGACCAGGAGCAGGAGAACAUGCCUCCUGCGCGGACGCGGGACGCUGCGCGGACGAUCAAGGAGCGCGAGCGGCAGCGGGAGAAGGAGCAGGAGCGCGACUUGGCCCGGGAAGAGCGCGAGCGCGAGCGUGAACGGAUCGAGUCGCCGCUCCCUGCGGGAUUGCCGCUUCGUACGAACAGCUUCGACGUUGCCGCACAGACGCUGACCGAGGCGUUCGAGGCUCAGGCGGCUGGCAAGCUGUUCCGCGAUCCUAGGGAUGACGUCGAUCUUCCGGACCCCAAGGUGUUCAUCUCGUCCUGGGUGGACUACUGCAACAAGUAUGGGAUGGGAUACGCGCUCACGGACGGCUCCGUCGGUGUCCACUUCAACGACAGCACGACUAUUGUGUUGUCUGCCGACAAGCACCACUUCGACUUCGUGUCGGCGCGGAACCAGGGCGCGGUCUACGUUCGGAAGAACUACACGAUAGUAGAGUACCCCGAAGAGCUGAAGAGCAAGAUGUACCUGCUCAAGCACUUCGAAAAGUACAUCAUGGACCGGCUGUACGGCGAGUACGACUGGACGUUCGAGGACACGGAGCGUACGAAGGGCAUGGACUUCGUGCAGAAGUACCUCCGCAUGAAGCACGUCAUCGUCUUCAAGCUCAGCCACGACGUUCUCCAGUUCAACUUCUACGACCACACGAAGGUGAUCGUGUCGAACCAGGGCCUGCUCGUGACGCACAUCGACAAGAACUACUGCCUGACGCGCUUCACGCUGUCGCAGAUCAUGGCGCAGAUGCUCCGCCCCGCACCCGCAGACCCCGACACCGCGAAGUUCCAGCAGCGCCUCGUGGACAAGGUCAAGUACAUCAAGGAGGUGCUCAUCUCGAUCCACACCGCCAGCGCGAACGCGAACGCGAACACCAGCAAGGGCGAGGACGCGCCGGCGCCGGCCCCCGCCCCGGCGCCUGCUCCAGCCCCGACGCGAGUACCUGCCCCGGCGCAGAUGAAGGUGCCGGAGCGGAAGCAGAGGGAGAGGGAGAGGGCGCCGCUCGCGCUUAACUCGCGUGCGUCGAAGAUGUCCCUCCGGUGAUCCUUUGCCCGUGUCAGGCUGCUGGUCGGACCUCGUCUCUCGCGGACGCGCGGCAUAGGCCCGUGUCUGCCCCCCGAACCCUGUCUCGCGGUGCGCGCACGAUGCUAGGUCGUCCGCGCAAGUCGGAGUAGUUGGACUCUCGCCGUGUGCUCGCUCAUCAUCAUCGUCCAGUACAUUCAUACCCCCCAUGUCUCGUCUCGUCCCCGGUUCCGCCUUGCCCUCUUGCCCGCGAGUUAGUCGCUGGGCGCUGAACGUCAGCCAUACACCAUCUCUUUCCCGGCACGUCGCCCCCUCCUCUCGGGGUGGUAUAUAGUAAUAUCUCCGGUUUUAAGGCUGGCGUAUUUGUCGCAUCCUCCUGUCUGCUACGUCACGACUGGCAUACGA